UCUCCGCCUGCUCGGGGCUCGCCCCCUGCUCCGCGCCCGCCAUAUUGCCGCGGCCUGACAGAGACGGAGAGGCCGGCGGGACCGCCCCGCUCCCCACGCCGACGCCACCAGCGCAGCGCUCGAUGGAGGCAGUUUGCAAUUUGCAUCAUUUUACUAGCGAAAGAAGUUCUGUUCUUCAAGGAAAGGCUUCUUUCAGGGAACAAAGGGAGAAAAUGCCACUGCCUGUAACCCUGGAGCCAGGACCCAUAUAUUUCUUUGACCAGCUGAAAUCUAGAACAAAAGAGCGGGGCAAGAAAAUACCAGAAGAACCACCCACUGAUUUCAAUUCACUCACCACAGAUUCUCAGCCCACGGGCUUUAUUCCCAGCCUGGUCAAAUUCAGGAAUCCUGGAUGUACAGCAGAACAUGUGGAAGGAAAUGAAGACAGUUUCUUAAAAGAUGAAACAGCAAGAAGAGAGAAAUAUCCAUUUCUGCCUCAGAUAUCUGGCACUACCCUAUUCAAAACUAGCAGUGAAGUUCCCAGCUCAAAGCUAUCUCAAAUGCCUUCAGUCCUUCCAGCAGAUGAAGAAAUACAGCCGAGCCUGUUGGAUGAAUAUAAAUACAUGGCUCCCACCAUCUUACAUGAACUCGGAGAAAUAUUGCAGCUCUUUGCUAGCUAUGACAUUAUUUUCCCUAAGGGAAUUGUAAAUCUCCUGAACUACAGCUGGAAGGAGCUCACUGAAGGUGCUGAUUACAGUAAAAAGCACCAGCAGUCCCUAAGGUACAAAAGCAUAAGAUCAGGGAAAAGCCAAGCAUCAGAAGAGUGUGAGAAGCUGGCAUCGGGGUCUGAAUAUAUGGAUCAUGAAAUGACUCAAUGUGCAAAAGGUCGGCGCAAGAAGAGUGUUUUACCUGCAGAUUGUGCAAAGGAAAAAAGGAAUCCUGAAAUGGCACCAAAUAAGCCUCUAGGAAACAAAGGCAAGUAG